GUCGAACCCGCUACUGUCUGUCCGCCUGCCUAGCUGCCUGACUGCCCGCCCACCUCCAACUCCAGCACGUACAAUCUUGAUCGUGUCAGUCACCGACAGUCGACAAUCGACAGUUGACAGUCGACAGUUGACAGUGUUCGGUUGAUGAUUGGGCUGUUGUAUUUUUGGCGCAGCGUCCAAAGCGGCUUAAAUUAUUGAAUCCAAUUUUGAGCUAAGCUUGUUAAGCGUGCAGUGUUUUUAUCAGCCAAAAUGCCGCAAUACAAAUUCCAAACGCUCCUUUCUCCAGCACUGCUCAUCUGCAUCUGUUGCAAUUUCAACUUUCGCUGCACACUGGCUGCUCCUGUGCCAUAUUUUGAAGAUAAUCUCGUCGACUAUCCAAGUUCACCGAGUGAGGUGCUGCCCAUUGAGCCGUUGCUAAUAUAUCCCGAGCCUCGUGAGAUUUUUUACCAGGCGCGCACAGCCAAUGGUGAUGGGGAGCGGGACAUUAUCUUUGUGAAGUUGCUGCAGAACAAGUUGGAUGGCUAUCAUCCUAAGAAGCAGCACCUCGUCGAGAAGCCCAAACGCAAGGAGCUGAGCAUGAAGGACAUCUUCUUUGUGAAGGCGCGAGCCAACGGGCAAUUUAGUCAUGAGCGUUUGAAGGUCUAUCGACUGCCGGAGUUCUUUGCCAUCAGCGUGUUCCGCAAUGACGCGAAGAAAAUGUGAAAGAUGGAUCUAGCUGGUAGCUAAUGUUGCAUACACGAUGCACUCCAGAUUUUUAGUUUGUAUGUUAUGCUUAAGCCGCUAUAAAUAAAUACCUCAGACGUUGUUUA